AUGGCUUGCAGUGUUUCUCAAACGUCGAGGAUUGACCCCAUUCGCAACCCCGGCGGCGUAUCAGGACAUGUGCACAAACUUGCCGGCGGCAAUAACGUGAACGAGAAUGCCGACUUUAAUUCCCUGCAAUCGUCGACCUGUUCUUCUUGCGAGAUUCAAAAGGACACUUCCGCAUACUGGACUCCCCAACUAUACUACGCGCACGCAAACGGCUCGUUUGAAGAGGUGCCAAAUUACGGAAUGACGGUAUACUAUGUUGGUCGAGGUGGAAAUUCUUCCAACACCACUCCAUUUCCUCCUGGAUUCAAGAUGGUCACUGGAGACAGUCGGCAACGAUCAUUUGAUAACACGACAUUGACAUAUCUGAAUACACGGCCGGUGGCCGAUAGGGUAAGUUUCCGUUGCAUAGACGAGGCUAACGAUAUUCCAGAAGAGCACUAUAUGUUUCGAACCGAUUGUGUCAAUGGUAUGCGAGCACAGAUCAACUUUCCAUCCUGCUGGGAUGGUGUCAAUCUUUAUCUUGAUAACUCUGCACAUGUGGAGUAUUUGUCUGGGAUCGAUCAUGGCGUUUGCCCUCCUUCGCACCCGGUUCCCAUACCAGGCCUCUUCUUUGAGGUCCUGUACAUGACGAAUUUGGUCGAUCAAUCCGGAGGUGGCCAAUUUGUCUUUUCAAACGGUGACCCUACGGGUUACGGUUUCCAUGGCGACUUCAUAAAUGGCUGGGACGUGGAUGUCCAGACCGAUGCUGUCCAAAACUGCCUCUACACCGAUGAUGGCGGAGUUAUCAGCGCUUGCCCCUAUCUCGCCCCGAGUGACGAUGUGAAUUUUGCGCGCACCUGUCCGGAGCAGCCAUCGGUGUUCGACGAGCCCGUACAUGGCAUGAUCGCCGCCUUGCCUGGGUGUAAUCCCAUCACAUACGGUCCCGACCCAGCUCCGCAAGUCGACUGUCCACUGAACGUGAACGAUCCGAAUGCUUCGAACACCGCCUCAGUUUCCAGCAGCACAUCUGUUACUCCCUCUUCCAUGGCUUCUUCAACCACAGCUGUGGUUUCCGCGAUUGGCUCAAGUCCUAUGAUCAGCUCCAGCACCAUUCCAAACUUCACACCCCGCUCUUCUACAUCAGCCGCCCCAACGACACCCACCACGUCAUCGACCAAGUCCGGAGCAGAUACAAUAACCAGCUCCGAUUUUAUCUCUACCCCGACGUUCUCCAGUAUCUCGUCCUUCGAUGAGACAACCACCGCCAUAUCUUUCACUCCGACAUCUAAUUUCCCCGCAGUAAUGUCGACCAUCCAAGAUGCGUCCCGUUCAUUUACAAGCCCAGGACCCAAUCAGACUCUUGGUGGGGGUUUUGUACAGCUACCGACCAGUGAUGGCAUAGCAGCAAGUAGCACCGGUCUGGAUACCGCCAGCACACUGACGUUGGAAACCGCUUCGGAGACAUUCACGUCUACUGGAGAUCCGUUGCGUACAGCUCAACCGAAUUCCGUCAGCACAAUUACUUCGGAUGCGUCGGUCGUUCCAUCACAACUAAGCGGGUUAACGACAAUGACGAUCACAACCACCGGCUGGGUUCCGGUCACAGUCACGGUCGGCAACCACGCGUCCGCAAAUUUCGUAACUACGAGCAAUUUGGGGAGGAGCGGGAAUAUCUUCACCAUAACUGGAAGCACCUAUACCACUUUCUCUCCGGCUGAUGAACCAAGCAUGACUGAUGAAGCGACGUCAACAACCAUAAUGCACAUCACGACAACACUCCAUGUCGUGGCGGCUCCGGCAAGCACUCGCCCAAUCACUCCGCAAUCAACAUCAUAUGCAAAUACAGCUUUCACGACAAUGACGAGCACCGCAAGCGGAGAUAGCACUAGCAGCCCGUUGGUCUCGUCGGCGUUCAGUGUCGACGACACAUUUGCUUGCUCCCUAUACUCUGCAUUUUCCAUUGAGGGAUGUCCCUCUCCUGCCACUACCUCUUCCAUCACUGCUGCGGCAGACAGCGUCGCGACCACCUUCGUGACGGUAACGGAGCCAAUCACGGACGAAACCACGUCGACGGUGCAGACAAUCCUUACACUUUCAUCGGCCAGAGCGAAUACGACAUUUCUCAGAAUUCGAGGGCGCGAAGUCCACUUUGCUGGGCGGUAG